AGUCCAUUCCAGUUAGUAUAGAGUUCAGUGGCUUGGAUGAGGUGCAUAACCUAAAAGUUAAGAUUUAGAUUCCAAAAAAUAUUUUUUUUUUGUUUUUCAAGUUAUAACUUUAAAAGUUUAGAUUUAGAUUCCAAAUGAUUAUUCUGUUUUUUAAGUGAAUUAGGUACUUUAUUAUUCUUUGUAGGUCACAAUUGAUUAAAAAAAUAUUACACUCAUCAACUUGUUUAUCUGUUGUUUCUGUUUUGUUCAAUCGAAUGAAAUAAUUGAUAAAAACUAUAAAUCCUUUCAGAGCAGUAAUAACCUAAAUCUGCAGUUUAAAACCUCAAAUUUGUAAAUUAUUUUAAUUAAAAUGUUACACUCAAGCAGACUAUUAGUGCUUUGGCGUAGUAGGCAAAUCUGUAUUAAUAGAUUUUCUACAGGAAGGAACAGUUAUGCUCGUUUUCGUAAGAGAGAUACAAAUUCUUUUGAAAGAUCAGAAGAACCGAAAAAUAGUAGAAGUAGAAUAAACACAAGCGAACCAGGAAUUGGAGCUCGUUUAAAAAUUAUCAAGGGAGAUCAGCCAAAUAUUGAAGAAUUAGAGGAAGAUGAUAUUGAAGGUAUGGAACAGGAUUUUAUGAAUUCCAGAGGCAUGUUCAAAGAUCAUGAAAGAGAAAUGCAAGCAAGAAACUUCAGAGUAGGACUGAAAAUAACGGAGAGAAAGCACUUUAAGCAGCCAGUGGAACCAAAUCUAUUAUCUUGGUCUGAAAAGGAGCAGAUUAGGAACCUCCAUUCUGAAGAUCGACUGAUUUGGACUACUGAAAAAUUGGCAGACGGUUUUCCAGCUACUGAGGAUAUUAUACAGAAAGUUUUGCAUUCGUCUUGGAAGCCGUCCGAUGUUGCGAAAGUUCGUAAACAUGACGAAAAAGUGGCCGAAAAUUGGAAAAAAUUCUAUGCUGGUGAGCUGACCAUCCACAAUCAAAAUCUGAGAAAGCAUUUGGUGAAAUUCAACCGACGGAAUUUUCUGCCCAAUAAGACUACCGAUUAUUCAUCCUAUGCAGUAAGAUCUCUACCCGAGCCGAAAACGUCAGAAUUCUCCAACAUCAUAGAAAGUUACAAACGCUUGAAACUCAUAUCAGAAGGUGAUCAUUCUCCACAAGUUCAAAGUAUCGAAAACCCAGUAACAAGAGAUAAAGUAGUGGAGAAAGUAAAAUCAAACGAGAACACGUACUUGGAAAGAAAAAUUCGAGGCGGACUCUACACCCUUGAUUUGCUAAAGAAGGACGUGGCAAAGAGUAUGCCGUUAAACAAGGAAGGAAGCGAAACCGAUAGAAGGCUGAUAAAGAGUUAUGUGAAAGAAGAGAAUAAGAGACAAUCGUUUGAUGAAAUGACGGAAGUGUAUAAGAAUCAUGCAUUGAAUACGGAUAAGAGGAGAAUACCUUCUAAUAAGGAGGAAGUGAUGGAUAGAAGCAGAAUAAAAGGGGUAGGAAAAAAAGAAGAAGGUUUAAAGGAGAAUUGGAGAAAAAUUGGAGAGGACGAAGAGAAAGCUAACAGGUGUGAGAGGAGACAGAAAUUUGAGGAAAGUGAAAAUUUUGGUAGCAGGAAUCUAAUAGAGUUAAGAGGUAUGGAAGAUAGUUUCCGUGUUGGAGAAGGUGAUGAGAAAAUUAUUAAAUUCAAACUAAAUGAUUCUAAUUUUGAAAAUAGGAGUAAAAAACCUCGAAGAUCAGCUGAUUCGGGAGUUGAAAAUCGAAGGGAGAGUGGUUUUAAUAACGAAGCAGCUGAUGUGGAAAAUGAAACUCGAAUUUGGAGUGGAAAAACCUAUAGAUCAGCUGAUUUGGGGGUCGUACAUCAAAAUACGAGUACUUUGAAUAACGAAUCAGCUGCGCUGGAAAAUGAAUCUCAAAUUUGGAGCGGGAAAACUCAUGGAUCAGCAUAUUCAGGGGUUGUAUAUCGAAAUGAGGGUGAAAAAAGUAGGUCGACGGGUAAAACAGGUGAUCUAGAAGUUGUAAAUAUUGGUGAUAAUGAAGGCCAGGUUAGGUCGAACGUUUAUGAAAGUCAAUUCGAUGGAAACUCGAAAAGUCUGCCAGCUAAGUACAGUAAGGAAGGUAAUAUUAUUUGGGAAAUGGAAAAGAAACAUGCAGUAGAUGAUAUAGCUUAUAGAAUACGUAUACCUAAAGAUAAGAUCAAGAAAGGUUAUUUGUAUAAGGUCAACGAUUGCUUUUACACUCAUGAAGGUGAAUUUCUGUAUAGAGUACCGGGUAUGACGUGAUCAAGUGUCAAUGUAGUAAAGUAAUCUUGUUUUUGUAAAUAAGUCGUUCAUUUAUCAUCAGGGUGUCCACGCGGCGGGAAAACCGGAAAAUCCGGGAAUUGUACGUGAAUUUCAUUUGUGCGGGAAAUGUACGGGAAUUGUACGGGAAUUUUUGUCGAGAUACGGGAAUUUUUUUAUUCUUCCGUCAACUAGCUAAUUGUAUGCUAAUUAAGGACAGAGUUGAAAUUUAGCCAGUGGAUGAGUGGUGUAUUAGUGAUGAAUAAUGCAGGUUGGUGUAUUAAUGUGGCGUUUUCAAUUAAGCAACAUAUUGGAUAAACUGUUUUCAUCUGCUUACAGUAAUGUUUUUGUUUUUAAUUAUGUAACCGCAAUGCGAAAACGCAUUCUUUGAUGUGUUUAUAUUUGCAUCAAUAAAUUGUAAAUCUCUAUGA